CAGAGCACGGAGGGCGGAAGCGCUGCGGCGGCUGCAGGGAGGGGUCCGGCUCCGGUUCCCGCUCCUAGUCUUCGGCCACCGCCGCGCCUCGGCGCACCCCACCAUGGGCACCCGCGACGACGAGUACGACUAUCUCUUCAAAGUUGUGCUUAUUGGAGACUCUGGAGUAGGCAAGAGUAACCUUCUGUCUCGGUUCACUCGCAAUGAGUUUAACUUGGAAAGCAAAAGCACCAUUGGAGUAGAAUUUGCAACAAGAAGCAUUCAAGUUGAUGGGAAGACAAUCAAGGCUCAGAUAUGGGACACGGCAGGGCAGGAGCGAUACCGAGCCAUAACAUCAGCGUACUACCGUGGAGCUGUGGGGGCAUUGUUGGUGUAUGACAUUGCUAAGCACCUCACUUACGAGAAUGUAGAGCGAUGGUUGAAAGAGCUGAGGGACCACGCCGACAGCAACAUUGUCAUCAUGCUGGUGGGAAACAAGAGUGACUUGCGCCACCUGAGAGCAGUCCCUACAGAUGAGGCCAGAGCUUUUGCAGAGAAGAAUGGUUUGUCAUUUAUUGAGACAUCUGCUUUAGACUCUACAAAUGUGGAAGCAGCUUUCCAGACUAUUCUGACAGAGAUCUAUCGCAUUGUCUCGCAGAAGCAGAUGUCGGACAGGCGUGAGAACGACAUGUCUCCCAGCAACAACGUGGUCCCCAUUCACGUCCCUCCCACCACCGAGAACAAACCAAAGAUGCAGUGCUGUCAGAAUAUAUAGAAUCCUCCUCUCUUUCCUACAGGCUGUGUAUAUCCCCCCAGGUCCAAGAUUUAAAUAUAUUUGUAAUUCUUGUGGUCACGUUCUUGUGUUUCAGUUACUGCUUAUUCCUUCUGAAUUUCUCCAUGUCUUAAAACACUUUGAGUUCAGUGUUUACCAAUCUAUUGCUUCUCUCUGGCUGCAGUGUUUUCCCGACAGAGACUCGUCGGUGUUGGUUCAGUGAAUUGGUGGGAAACCGAUGGGCUCUUUCCAACGUGAUGCCCGCUAGUCAGAGUGUACAGGCACCUUCAGGGAGCACCCCCAAGAGGUUAUUCUGCUCCUCAAACCAAUUGCUGCCAGGCUAACUAGGAAAAUAUCUCUGGGCAGGAUAAUCUUUCCUCAUCUUAAGGUGUCUGCUGCUAAAGCUCGCUGACAUGCCUGUUGCUCUGAAGUGCAAUUUUAAUGUAAGUGAAAUGGUUUUGGCUACAUCUUCAGAUUGUCAAGUUAAGGAUUUUUAACAUAGGAUAUUAUGGGGGAGAAAAGAGAAAUUCUCACAAACAAGCAGCAGGGUUUCUACCUGUGAAUGAGCUUUUGUAGUUUGCCCUGCUGCUGCAGAGGAGGUUGUGAUGAGGCAGAGCUGCUGGGAGGCUGGCCAGGGAGACACUGGUGGGACUCCACUUGGAGGUGCCUCUUGUGAAGCAAGUGAAAGCAUGAGCUGUGUAACUGAUGAAGGGUCACUAACACUGGAACCUGCAGUGUGGUUUUGUGCUGCUGGAGACUUGGCCCCCCAGUGCUGGUGGUAUCAGGUUUGGAGGAUGCCUUUUUUCUGUCCUGGCACACAACACACCUGAAGGCUGUUGUGACAUAUUGCUUGCCACGUUUAUUAGCACAAGCCACACAGAUUCAAACCCUUAGCUGGUGAAUCAGUGACUUCUACAACCUGCUCUUAGUUUUGACUUCUGCUUCAUCCAGUAUUUUCACACUGUUCCAGUGCUUUGCU